CACUCUGGCCGCCGGGUGGCGCAUCUGCAGCACACGUCUCUCUUCGCGUCAAUCUCCGAAACAACAAACCGAAAAGAGCAAACGGGGUAAAGAGAGAGAGAGAGAGAGAGAGAGAGUCCAAAACGGUUUCAGACCGCCACUUUUAAAUUGCUCUGUCAAAUAACAAAUAAUUAAUACAAAGCUCGGGUGUUGUUUAGGACCAGGAUACGGACCGGGCGGUCGCAGGAGCACAGGAGGACGUCUGGCGCGGAGCUCGGCGGCGAGUUUCUUUUCUAAAAGUAUUUGAAAAUUGGAAGUAUUUUCUGACUUGUAUUGGUACAGAAGAUGUUUAAGAAAUGAUAGCAGCUCCAGAAAUAAACACAGAGUUUCAUUAUCCUCAGGAAACAGAUGCACACUUUUCAUCAGAUACUGAAUUUGAAGACCCAGAUGGAAGAAAUCCAAAGUUGGGUAAAGGAAAAAGCUUAAAGAAGGGUAAAAAACUCCCCAGUGAGAAGGUUAAAAGCAACAAUGGUGGAAAACCUGGUAGCAUGAGUCGGAUGAAUGGACAUCAUCAAGAAAAUGGCAUGGAAAACAUGAUGCUUUUUGAAGUGGUUAAAAUGGGCAAGAGUGCCAUGCAGUCUGUGGUAGAUGACUGGAUAGAGUCUUACAAGCAUGACAGAGACACAGCACUUCUUGACCUAAUCAACUUUUUUAUCCAGUGUUCUGGCUGCAAAGGUGUUGUUACUGCAGAAAUGUUUAGACACAUGCAGAAUUCUGAAAUCAUUAGGAAGAUGACUGAGGAGUUUGAUGAGGAUAGUGGUGACUAUCCACUUACAAUGGCAGGACCUCAGUGGAAGAAGUUUAAGUCUAGCUUCUGUGAAUUCAUUGGAGUUUUGGUUCGGCAAUGCCAGUAUAGUAUCAUAUAUGAUGAGUACAUGAUGGAUACAGUAAUCUCACUUUUGACUGGACUGUCUGAUUCCCAGGUCAGAGCCUUCAGACACACUAGUACAUUGGCAGCAAUGAAACUGAUGACUGCCUUAGUCAAUGUUGCACUGAAUCUCAGCAUUAAUAUGGAUAAUACACAGAGGCAGUAUGAAGCAGAAAGAAAUAAAAUGAUUGGGAAGAGAGCAAGUGACAGGCUGGAGCUUCUACUUCAGAAAAGAAAAGAGCUACAAGAAAACCAGGAUGAAAUUGAGAACAUGAUGAAUGCAAUAUUCAAGGGUGUUUUUGUUCACAGAUAUCGUGAUGCAAUUGCUGAAAUUCGAGCAAUUUGUAUUGAAGAGAUUGGCGUAUGGAUGAAAAUGUACAGCGAUGCGUUUCUCAAUGACAGUUACUUGAAAUAUGUUGGGUGGACAAUGCAUGACAAGCAAGGUGAAGUCAGGUUAAAAUGUCUGACAGCUCUUCAGGGUCUGUAUCACAACAGAGAACUCAAUGCCAAGCUUGAGCUUUUCACAAGUCGUUUCAAGGAUAGAAUUGUGUCUAUGACCUUGGAUAAGGAAUAUGAUGUAGCUGUUCAAGCAAUAAAACUUUUAACCCUUGUAUUACAUAGCAGUGAAGAAGUUCUUACUGCAGAGGACUGUGAAAAUGUGUACCACUUGGUGUAUUCGGCUCAUCGGCCAGUGGCUGUAGCAGCUGGAGAAUUCCUGUACAAAAAGCUUUUCAGUCACCGCGACCCAGAAGAAGAAGGAAUGCCCAAAAGGAGGGGAAGGCAAAGUCUAAAUGCAAAUUAUGUGAAGACUUUAGUAUUUUUCUUUUUAGAAAGUGAGCUUCAUGAGCAUGCUGCUUACCUUGUAGAUAGUAUGUGGGAUUGCGCUACAGAGCUUUUGAAGGACUGGGAGUGUAUGGUCAGUCUUUUACUAGAAGAUCCUCUCCCAGGAGAGGAGGCUUUGACAGAUAGGCAGGAAACGGCGCUCAUUGAAAUUAUGCUGUGUACCAUUCGGCAAGCAGCUGAAUGCCAUCCUCCAGUAGGAAGAGGAACAGGCAAAAGAGUGCUUACAGCGAAAGAGAAAAAAUCACAGCUGGAUGACAGGACACGAUUAACUGAAUUAUUUGCAGUGUCAUUGCCUCAGUUGUUAGCUAAGUACUCUGUAGAUUCUGAAAAAGUAACAAACUUGUUACAGUUGCCGCAGUUUUUUGACUUGGAGAUUUAUACAACCGGAAGAUUAGAGAAGCACUUGGAUUCUUUGCUUAGGCAAAUCAGAGAUAUUGUGGAGAAACAUACAGAUACUGAUGUUUUAGAAGCUUGCUCAAAAACAUACCAUGCUCUCUGCAAUGAAGAGUUCACAAUAUUUAACAGGGUGGAUAUUGCAAGAAGCCAGCUUUUGGAUGAACUUGUUGACAAGUUUAACAGACUACUGGAGGACUUUUUGCAAGAGGAAGAAGAACCUGAUGAAGAUGAUGCUUAUCAAGUUCUGUCAACACUUAAAAGAAUCACAGCCUUCCAUAAUGCUCAUGAUUUGUCUCGGUGGGAUUUAUUUAGCAGCAACUAUAAGCUUCUUAAAACUGGCAUUAAAAAUGGGGACAUGCCUGAACAGAUCGUCAUUCAUGCAUUACAGUGCACCCACUAUGUGAUACUGUGGAAACUUGCCAAAGUCUCUGAAGGCAGUUGGACAAAAGAGGACAUGGCAAAUGUGAGGAAACAAAUGAGAGCUUUCUGUCAAAUAUGCCAGCACUACCUGGCUAAUGUAAAUAGUACUGUUAAAGAGCAGGCCUUUACAAUUCUCUGUGAUGUCCUGAUGAUAUUUAGUCAUCAGAUUGUUUCAGGAGGACGUGAGAUACUUGAGCCAUUGGUUUACACUCCAGAUUCUUCUUUGCAAUCUGAACUGCUGAAUUUCAUUCUUGAUCAUGUGUUCAUAGAGCAAGAUGAUGAUCUUUCUUUUGCAGAUGGCCAGCAGGAUGAUGAGGCUGGUAAAAUAGAGGCAUUGCACAAAAGGAGAAAUUUAUUAGCAGCAUACUGUAAACUUAUAGUGUACAAUGUAGUAGAAAUGAAUACUGGGGCAGAUAUUUUUAAACAGUACAUGUACUAUAAUGACUAUGGCGAUAUCAUAAAGGAAACAAUGAGCAAGACCAGGCAAAUUGACAAAAUACAGUGUGCCAAAACCCUAAUACUGAGUUUGCAACAGCUCUUCAAUGAAACGCUGUCCGAGCUUGGCUAUAAUUUUGACAGAUCAUCUUCAGCCUUUUGUGGCAUUAAGGAGCUGGCUCGACGUUUCUCUCUAACUUUUGGGCUUGACCAACUUAAAACUAGAGAAGCCAUCGCCAUGUUACAUAAAGAUGGUAUUGAAUUUGCCUUUAAAGAACCCAGCCCUCAUGGUGAAGGACAUCCUCCUGUGAAUCUUGCCUUUCUUGAUAUCUUGAGUGAAUUUUCCUCCAAACUUCUUCGCCAAGAUAAAGGACCCUAUGUUUACCUUGAAAAAUUUAUGACUUUUCAAAUGGCACUGCGCAGGGAGGAUUGUUGGCUUCCAUUGAUCUCUUACCGCAAUUCUUUGUUGGCUGGAGGUGAUGAUGAUACAAUGUCAGUCAUCAGUGGAAUCAGUAGUCGGGGAUCAACUGUGAGGAAUAAAAAGACCAAACCAGCCACGGGCAAGAGAAAACUAGCCGAAGAAGAAAGCAGCAGUAGCAGUGAUGGGACGUGGAUGAACAGAGAACAGACACUUCAGACUCCAGUUAUGUUGCAGACGCCACAUCUGACAUCAACAGUAAUGCGAGAGCCCAAGAGGUUACGGCCAGAAGAAAGCUACAUGAGUGUAUACCCUGUUCAGCCUGAUCAGCAGCAUCAUCACCAAACACCUUUAGAUUACAACACCCAGGUAACUUGGAUGUUUAGCCCCAGACAGCAAGAAGAAGUGCGACAGCAGCAAGAACGUGCUGCCAUGAAUUAUGCCAAACUAAGAACGAAUCUACAGCAUGCAAUUCGCCGUGGGACAGGUUUAAUGGAGGAUGAUGAAGAACCUAUAGUAAGAAGAUGUGAUUUGUCUUCAGAAGGGCGCAUUGAGGAUCUUAAUGAAGGCAUGGAUUUUGAUACCAUGGAUAUUGACUUGCCACCCUCUAAGAACAGAAGAGAAAGAACAGAACUGAAACCAGACUACUUUGAUCCUGCUUCAAUCAUGGAUGAUUCAGUAAGUUAAGAAUUCUUUGCAUUGUUUGAUUAUUUCAUGGCAUGGUAGUUUUAUUUCAGUUUUGUGUUGCCAAAAAUAAUAUUUCUUUUUGUUUAACAUUACUAACAGUUACAGCCAUGUGUCAUUACAUAUCUCAUUUAAAAUAACACAUUUCAAAAUGUUUUAAUUUAAUAUAAUCAGUUUUUAAUUUUAAAUUACACAUAUUUCAAAGUAGACCAUCAUGGUGACAUUGAACUUAGAAGUGCUACUUCACAGAUGCUGCAAGAUUUUUUUCUCUCCAGGUACUCGGAUUUUACUCCAGCAUCUCAAAGAUGUGAAUAUUAGUUUAGCUGGCAAUUCAAUUUUGGCCCACAUUGAGUGAAUGUGGAUUUCUCAAUGGGUGUGUCCUGGGAUAGGCUAUUGCUUCACCCAGAGUUGUUUACUGCUCUGCUAAAGGAGUAUAGAUAAUGGAGAAAUGGAUAGAUACGUUCUGAAGUAAAGAAAAAUUAAUGUUGGAAAGUUAACAACUUGUACCCUGAUGCUCCCAAAAAUUUAUCACCUAUAUUUUUUUUUCCUGCAGGUACUUGGAGUUUCUUAUGUUCUAAAGAAAAAUGGAAAAUGCGCUGUGGUCUUUGUUUUGAGAAAUUGUUGUUACAGUAAACUUCCUAAUGCUGUACAGAUUGUGUUUUUCUCCUCUGUGGAGAAUUUUAUUGGACUUGCUCACUGGACUAAGUGAACUGAAAGGCAGCAUUGCGUGCCUGCUGAAGUGAUCUGUUGAAACUACAAAAAAAUUUCUUAAUCAAUGGGUAAGCUUUUCCAUGAAUAUUUCAAGCAGUGGCUUAUACAUUACAGUUAGCUGUUGAGUCAGGGUUCAAAUUUAACUUUCGCACACAGUUUAUAUUGUUAAAAAAUAUGGAAACUUUUAUAUUGGCACAUAACACAAUAGAUUAUUAAACCAUUUUAAUCAAUGUAAGAAUGAAAUUAUUGAUGUGUAUUAAAUGUACAGCCCACAGGAGCAGAAGAAAUCAAUGAGUUGUGAAAUACUAAUUUUAGAAAAAAUAACCUUAUUUAGCAGCAGAUUUUUUUUUGGUCUCUGAUGCCUCCAAGUAAAUUUAGCUGCAUUUGGGAGCAUGAAAUGUGUUUGUAGACUGUUCCUGUUUACUGAUGAAUUAAAUGCAAUGGGAGCACCACACAUAAAUGGGUAUAUUUGAGUGUUGGACCACUUCAUCAAAUACUACUUAGCUCCUUGGUGUCCAUUUAACUUAGCAAGGGGCCUAAACUUUAAGGCCCUAUAAUCUGAGUAACUGUUAAGCUUACCCAAAGAUUAGAAUUGUGUUUGCUUGUUUGUUCAUUCAAGAGACUAAUAUAAGGAAGCCAUUUCAACCCUUCCAGUAGUGCCAACUGUAUUGUGUCUCUGAAAAAAAUGAGCUUGGUAUAGUAUGUUUGCUGGAAAUAAUUUUCUCUAAACACAAUUAUACAGCUUAUUAGAGUGUGGGAAUAGGUAUCUAAAUUUUAAAUAAAAGUUAUAUAUAUAAAUCGGUGCUGAUUUUAUAAUCGCGCAGUUUGUUUAGUUUUUCUUACUUUGAAAAUCCAACCUAAAAUUAUAAGGUUUCAGAAAUAUAUACAAAAAAUGUUUUUAAAAUAUAAGCAUGUGAAUUCAUGCUUUUAAAAAUGAUUUUUAAAUUUGUAUUUUAUAUUGUUUUAUCUUUGUCUUUGAAAACAGUUUUCAGGUUUCAAUACCAUUUUUCCUAUGUAUGUAAAUUAGUUUGGAUAACAGAGACUCGGACUAUCCAUUAUGUUAUUCUUUGAGAUUAAGCUUUAUGUUUUUAAUUUUAAAUGUCCUUUCACAAAUUCUUAAGUCUGUAACAUAAAUUUUAAAUUUACUAUUUGAACAUGAAAGUUAUUCUGCAGUGCUUGGGCAGCUAGACAUGGCUUAAGUAACCAUUAACUUAUAGUACAAUUGUACAUUUUUGUUAAUGUCUUGUUUAUUUGAGGUAUAUUCUUUAUAAUCAUUCCAUGCCUUAAAAUGCUUGCAAUACACAACUCCCUUGUUUUCAUUUUGUCUCUUCCAUAAAACAAAUCAAAACCCACUUUUUUUUGCAUUUUAAGCUUCAUUUUCCAGGCUGUGGUAGCCAAAAACCAUACAAAUUGAGUAGUUUAUUACUGAAAAAAAUGAUAGAAACUGAUUCAACAUAAGUUUUUGUUUUACAUAUUUUUUAAGUGAUGAAUCUUUUACUUUGAAAAAUACUGUUGUGUUUUCACACCACUGCAUUAACAGAAACUGCUGAAAGGACUGUAUAUAAAAAAUCAAGGUGCCAAAGCUGAUUUUUUUUUUUUUUUUCAUUUCUAUUUUUAAACGUGUGUUUCUUUUGUGUGAGCAGUUCUUUAAAGCUGUAUGUUUUUAACCAGCUUCUCCUGUUUUAUAUAUUUACCCGAAUCUGUUGUCCUCCACAUUCUGUCGUCCACUGUACUGUUUCUGAUUUGUAUUUAUGUCUGGAGACAGUAACUUUUUGAAUAAAAGUAAACCUUCUUCA